GGGGGCGGGGCCGCAAGCUGCCGUAUAAAAGCCCGCCUGUGCGGUUGGUCCGUCCCCAUUAUCGCUGCCGGUUGCUUGAGGGAGCUGUGGUCUCUAGUCUCAUACAAGUCCCGCAGAACCGACAGAAUGUCUGAGGAAGGAAAGCUGUUCGUCGGAGGCCUGAGCUUCGACACCAACGAGCAGGCCCUGGAAGAUGUCUUCAGCAAGUACGGGCAGAUCUCUGAAGUCGUCGUGAUUAAGGACCGGGAGACCCAGAGGUCCCGAGGCUUCGGGUUCGUCACCUUCGAGAACCCCGACGACGCCAAAGAUGCGAUGUCGGCCAUGAACGGCACGUCCGUGGACGGCAGGCAGAUCCGCGUCGACCAGGCGGGAAAGUCCUCCGGGAGCCGGCCAGGCGGCGGAUUCAGGGGCGCAGGCUCUGGGGGCCGCGGAGGCGGGUUCUUCAGGGGGGGGCGAGGGGGUUUCAGCAGAGGUGGGCGUGGUUUUUCACAAGGUGGCGGAGACCGUGGCUUCGGGGGUGGUCGCUACGAUAACAGGAGUGGAGGCUACUCGUCCGACAGAGGUUAUUACAACAGAGACAGGUGAG